AAAAUGAUAAGGGAAAUAACCCGCAAAUCGUAUGACAGAAAUUUUCAUUACAUAUGUAUCAAUUGCGUUCACACUAGUUUGUUAAAAAUUUUGGUUCAACGGGAGCUUGGUAAAAUUUUGCAAAUAAUUGAUAUCAAAAAUAAUAUACAAUGUCAGGAUUUAUGAAGAAAAAUAUUGUGGGAAAAUAUGUCACAAGAACGUUCUCUACAAAUAGGAUGUUAUUAUCGGAAGAAAAAUAUGUAGAUGUCAAGGAAACUAAUGGAGUAAGAGUAAUAUCAUUAAACCAUCCCUCCACACGGAAUUCUUUAUCUCUGGGAAUGCUCAAAUCUCUGUUAUUCAAUAUUAAGAAGGACGAAAAUAAUAAGGAUUUAAGAUCAAUAGUUCUUAGAUCCCAGCUUCCAAAUAUGUUUUCUGCUGGGCAUAACCUGAAAGAAUUGACUCCUAACAAUGGAAAGCUUCAUAAGGACAUAUUUGAAACAUGUUCUGAGUUAAUGCGAGUAAUUACUCAAAGUCCAGUGCCUGUAAUUGCUGCUGUGGAUGGUGUAGCAGUUGCAGCAGGUUGUCAAUUGGUUACUACAUGUGAUAUUGCCAUUUGUACUGAAAGGAGUUCAUUUGCUACACCAGGAGCCAAUUUUGGAAUAUUUUGUUCUACACCAGGUAUUCCUUUGGUUCGGAGUGUACCUAAGAAAACAGCCAUGUAUAUGUUGUUUACUGGUUUAAGCAUUACUGGAAAAGAAGCAUAUGAAGUAGGUCUUGUGAGUAAAGUAGUGCCAGUUAACAACUUUGAACAAGAAAUCGAAAAAAUUACUGCUGCUAUAAAUACAAAAAGUCGUUCAAUUGUACAUGUGGGAAAGACAUUUUUAUAUGAACAAAUAGACCUUGAUUUGGCAACCGCAUAUUUCCUGGGAUGUGAAAAAAUGGUCAAUAAUUUAAAAAUGAAAGAUGCGCAAGAAGGAAUUAAAAGUUUCAUCGAGAAAAGAAAACCCGUUUGGAGUCACGAUUACGUAAAAAAUUAAUGCAUACUGUUACGUAUACAAUGCUACCAAUGAACAACUAAAUGAUACAACUGUUGCAAAAAAUAUAAGUUUUCUACUGUUAUUUUCUAAAUAAAAUAUUGUUACAUAACUGUG